CCUGCCGCUCCAAUACCACCCCAGACCUCCGCGCACCCCGGGCGCUUUGUGCGGGGCCGGAGGUGGAGGCGCAGGCCGCCAUGGCGCUGCGCGCGGCACUGUUCGACCUGAACGGGGUCCUGGCGCUGCCCUCGCCGGCCGGGGCCUUCGGCCGCGCGGAGGAGGAGUUGGCGCUGCCCAGAGGCUUUCUGAAUGAAGCUUUCCAGAAAGGAGGCCCAGAUGGUCCCAGUGCCCGCCUCAUGAGGGGAGAGAUCACAUAUUCCCAGUGGGUGCCACUCAUGGAAGAAAACUGCAGGAAGUGUUCUCAGGACUCUGGAAUCCGCCUCCCUGAGAAUUUCUCUGUAAGUCAAAUCUUUGGCAAGGCGGCUGCAACAAAGAUCAACCACCCCAUGCUUCAGGCGGCUCUUGCUCUCAGAAAGCAGGGAUAUACAACCUGCCUCCUCACCAACAACUGGCUGGAUGACAGUGCUCAGAGGGGCAUCCUGGCCCAGCUGGUGUGUCAGCUGAGGCCACACUUCGACUUCCUGAUAGAGUCAUGCAGGAUCAGAAUGGCCAAGCCUGAUCCUCGGAUCUACAAGUUUGUACUGGACACCUUGAACGCCAGCCCCAAUGAGGUUGUAUUCUUGGAUGACAUCGGGGCUAAUCUGAAGCCAGCUCGUGACUUGGGGAUGGUCACCAUUCUCGUCCGUGACACAGACACAGCCCUGAGGGAACUGGAGAAAGUAACUGGGGUGCAGCUUCUCCAAGUUGCCACCGCUCUGCCAAUCGCAUGCAAUCCGAGGGACGUGAGCCAUGGCUAUGUGCCAAUAAAGCCUGGGGUGCGUAUGCAUUUUGUGGAGCUGGGCUCCGGUCCUGCCGUGUGCCUGUGCCAUGGAUUUCCUGAGAGCUGGUUCUCUUGGAGGUACCAGAUCCCUGCUCUGGCUCAGGCGGGUUUCCGGGUGCUAGCUCUGGAUAUGAAAGGCUAUGGAGAGUCGUCUGCUCCUCCUGAAAUAGAAGAAUAUUCCUUGGAAGUGUUAUGCAAGGAGAUGGUAACCUUCCUGGAUAAGUUGGGGAUCACUCAAGCAGUGUUCAUUGGCCACGACUGGGGAGGCAUGCUGGUGUGGAACAUGGCUGUCUUCUAUCCGGAGAGAGUGAGGGCAGUGGCCAGUUUGAAUACUCCCUUCAUACCAGCCGAUCCCAGUGUACCUAUGAUGGAGAAAAUCAAAGCCAAUCCUAUUUUUGAUUACCAGCUCUACUUCCAAGAACCAGGAGUGGCUGAGGCUGAACUGGAACAGAACCUCAGCCGGACUUUCAAAAGCUUCUUCAGAGCAAGUGAUGAGGCUUUUCUCUCCGUGAGCAGAGUCCGCGAAAUGGGAGGACUCUUUGUGAGAACCCCAGAGGAGCCCAGCCUCAGCCACAUCGUCACCGAGGAGGACAUCCAGUUCUAUGUGCAGCAGUUCAAGAAGUCUGGUUUCAGGGGUCCCCUAAACUGGUAUCGAAACGUGGAUGUAAACUGGAAGUGGGGCUGCACAGGUUUGGGACGAAAGAUCCUGAUUCCGGCUCUGAUGGUGACCGCGGAGAAGGACGUCGUGCUCACUCCAGAGAUGUCCAAGCAUAUGGAGGACUGGAUCCCCUACCUGAAAAGGGGACACAUUAUGGAUUGCGGACACUGGACACAGAUGGAGAAGCCCACCGAGUUGAAUCGGAUCCUCAUUGAGUGGCUGGAGACGGAUGCCAGGGACCCACCAGUGGUCUCGAAGCUUUAGGGCAUGGCGUGUGCCAGCCCCCCAGCAGGCCUGCAAGCCCUUCCUCUGCUGGGCUUGGAACCCAGAGGAAGUCUUUCCGGCACCUCUUGUAACCGGCAGCAUCAUUCCAAGGGGGUUUACUCUGCAGAGUGGUUUCCUUUAAAUGAAGAGAGUCAAAUCUGACAUAAUUUUAGAUACAGGAAAAAUCACAUCUGAUUCAUUCUCCAGGUAUAAAGGUGUUACUUUCUCUCUUAAGAGUGGCUUACAGUGUUCUAUAGGCGACGAAACGGGAUGGCCAGGGGUGAUUUCUCUUUGACUAACCAAUCACGGUUCGGCAGCAAAAUCCGUUAAUUUUGAAGCACAUCAGCUGAGAUUGGAACUCGUUGGUCUAAUAAAGCUCAAACAUUC